CAUAAAUAUUUUUGGUUAAAACAAGUUUCUUUGCAAAGGAAAAGCAAAUGCUUCCUAAAAUGUGUUGGUUUUAUUUAUAAGAUUAAAUAAAUUUUAUAUGGAUAUAUAAAAUAGCAAACGGUUGUAAAUGCCUACACAUAAUUAUGGAAGGUAAAAAUAUGUUAACGCCUUAACAAAAUGGGGUCUUAUAUUUGUUUUUCCAACACAAAUAUUAUAUUUGGGCAAAGAUGAUCGAACAAAAGGACAAUGACUUGGUAGCCAUUGAAACAGUUCCAAAGGACGAUACAGAUGGAGCGAUGCAAUUGAGCGAUAUCUUUUAUACUAGUAAAAAGAAGGAUCAUGUGUUUAAAGUAAAGUUGAAUUCAAGAGGCUUUAUUCUACAACGUGAAACUGUGAAUGGAAGCAAGGAACAAUUAAUUAACAUAAGUGAUAUUGUGGGAGGGCGGUGUGGUUUACAGAAAUCAAAACGCUCUUCAAAGUGCUCUUGCAGUUCUUUAUCUUCUACUCAGCCUAUAACAAGCAGUACUGAAGUAAAUUUGUCAGCAGAAGGCGAUGUCAGCGCUUUUUUGUAUGUAUUUGCUUAUAUUUUGAAGAAAAACAUACGAAGUACACUUCGUCGGGCGCGCACUGUACUUACUUUAAGAUUCAGAUCUUUUGAUACUUUUGAAGAAAAUAUACGAGAAGCAGAUCGUUGGUAUAAGGCCUUAAAGUUUCAUAAAAAACAAUCAAUUCAAAAUACAGUAUUAUUGAGCGAAAAUGGAAGACUGCUCUUUUUACUUAAUCCCAAAUCAGGAUCGGGUAAGGCACGAGAGCAUUUUAAUCGGUACGUUGUGCCAAUCUUAAAUGAAGCUGAGAUACCAUACGAUUUGUACAUAACGAAAAACUCUAAAUAUGCUGUCGACUUUGUACGUAUGCGUAACAUUUCACAAUGGUGUGGAAUAGUCGCCGUCGGAGGUGAUGGGCUUUUACAUGAAAUAAUCAAUGGUCUUUUACAAAGAUCUGACUGGAAUAGUUUGUUCCAACAUAUCUCAAUAGGAGUUAUACCAUGUGGAUCCGGUAAUGGGCUUGCUAGGUCUAUUGCUAAUAGAUAUAAAGAACCAUAUGAACCAAAACCAAUAUUAAGUGCAGCCUUAACGGUUAUUAGUGGGAAAACCAGUCCAAUGGAUAUAGUACAAAUAGAACUAAAAAACAAAAUUAUGUACUCAUUUCUAUCUGUCGGUUGGGGACUCAUAUCUGAUAUAGAUAUAGAAAGUGAACGUCUACGAUCUUUAGGAUAUCAGCGGUUUACAAUAUGGACCUUACAUAGGCUUGUAAGACUACGAACAUAUCGCGGCAAAGUCGCAUAUCAAAUGAAAUAUAAUAAAAAUGAUGAACUUUGUUCCAUGGAAGAACAAAAAGCAAAACAAAAUAAUACGAGCUUCAAUGCAUUUUUAAACAAUACAGAUUCCAAAAACUUCCAACCUUUUGAAUGCAAUGGUGAUAAUGAAUUCGAUGAUGUCAUAUCAUUAGAAACGACCGGUAACCAAUCAUUCCGCUCGAGAUGUGGAAGUUGGUUAUCGGCGGGUUCAAGAAAGAGUACCUACUAUUCCAUUUCUGAGAGUAUUUACCGAAGUGUAGCCAGCGAUAGUGAUUAUGAACAAAAUAAAAUGAAUCCAAUAAGUGGAUCAGAGCAAUAUUAUGGUCCAACUAUAUCUGGUCCUCAUUUAAAUGAUCCCAUUCCAGAUAAUUGGGAAGUGGAAGAAGGCGAGUUCAUUAUGGUGCAUGCCGUUUAUCAAUCACAUCUUAGCAGUGAUUGCUACUUUUCACCUUACAGCAAAUUGAAUGAUGGCACGAUAUAUUUAGUUAUUAUUCGAAAUGGAAUAAGUCGAUCUCAACUUUUAAAUUUUUUAAUGAAUAUGAGUUCUGGAACUCAUUUACCAGUUAAAAAUAAUGAAUUCAUACAUGUUGUGGCAGUUACUGCAUUUCGUUUAGAGCCGUCUGGUGGCAUUAUUACCGUGGAUGGAGAAUUAGUAGAACUUGGUUCAUUGCAGGGUCAAAUAAUCCCUGGAUUGUCAAAAAUUAUGGUACCAAAAUAAUAUGAUUUUUGUCUAGCAUUUGCAAAUUAAUGCAUUUCCAGUUAAUUUUAUACCGAGUGAAAGUUGGGUGGUAGCAAUUUCGUCAAGUUCAAAACAACUACAACUUAAUAUUUUUACAAAUUUGAAUUUAAAAUGGUUUAGUCUUUUUGGCUUAAAGUAAAAUACUCAUAUAUUUCUCCAUUUAUUUGUGAUUUAUUUACUAUAAUUCAUGUAUAUAUAUUAAAAUGUAAGUCUUUUAUUAUAUCAAUUAUUUAUAGGGAUUCGAAUUUAAUAAGAAGAUUGUUAAUUUCUUUAAAAAUACAAUUGAAAAGUUAAGAAAUAUU